CAAAUAUUGACGCAGUAUUGGAUACACAACAGUACGAUUUGAACGUCGGACAUGUCCCGAAGGUGAAAUUUUUGACAAUGUCAACGAACAAGGCCGCGCUGAAAUCCAUCGGUUCAGCGAUCCAGGCGCGCAAUUACGAUGACGCUGUUUCCCAAGCACAAAAGCUCCUAGCUAACGACCCUCAACACUACCAAGGGAACCUGUUCUUGGGCUUCGCAUUCGACAAACUCCACAAGGUUGCGGAAGCAGAGCAGGCAUAUGACCGAGCGACGAAAUCAAGGCCAGAAGACCCCCAAGCAUGGCAAGGUCUUAUAAAGCUAUAUGAGAAUCAAAGUAGUGCAAAGGUUGACGCGUACCAAAAUGCCGCCAUAAGAUUGGCUACAAUAUAUGUCGAAUUGGACCACCGGUACAAGUGUCAAGCUGUCAUCGAUGCCUUUACAGCCUUUGCAAAGAAUCAAGGCACUCGAAAACAGCAUCUUAAAUCACUGGAGGUACUCCUGCCCACUAGUCCCGUGUAUGAUUACCUUGAGGGAAGGAUCCCCCAUCCUUCAUAUACGUACCAAACAAUCGCCCAAAUUACCGAAGCCGAUGAAAAGGAGCGUAUGAACAAGGAAAUAGGUGAACGGAGGACUCGACUAGGUGCCAAGAUAAACCAGGUCACUCUUGAAGUCCGACGUGAGAUAUUCAGUGAAAGCCCCCUCGAGGAUAUUUACAGCAAAAUUGUCGAUUGGUCAAAUGACGACGAUAUCAGGCGGCAAUAUGAAGAAAAGCUCUUGCAACGCUGUUACGAUGGGCUACUCGUUGCGCCAGUGGGCUCUAAAGAGUUAAAGCGAGCUAAGGUUCAGAAGCUAGCUGGUGAUAUGGUUAUCAUCAAGCACCCUUUCAAGCUAGCAUGGGAUAUAAGUGUAGAGUGGCCGGAUUAUCCGACCUUAGUUGAGUGGGAUGCUGGAAUUCUUCGCGAAUAUUGCUCGUUUUUCCCUGGCAGUGGACUCGCAAAGGUCCUGAGCGGAUAUAUGACGAGCGAAAUAUCGCCGUUUCCAGCUCCACCCGCGCAGAAGGACGAAUUGGACAAAGACUCUGACGAUAGCGAGGAUGAUGAUGAAGGGGGCGCUCCUCUAGAUCCGAGUGCCCCAAUUGAAUAUCGGCUACUGCUCAUGACAGAGGGCAUGUCUGGAGCUUCUGGCUCAAUUCUUGCUCACCGUGUAAUGGGAGAGUACUAUGCAUUCUUAGAUGAACAUGAGAGUGUGGUGGAGCUCAUGCGUGCUGGCCUGAAACUCAUUACUUCAGAAACUACUAAGUCUGGCCUGCCGUUUACCAACUCGACACAAUAUCUCAGGGCUCUGUUGGGUACUGCAUUAGUCUACUACCAGUCACCCAAGAACCACCCAGAAGCAAAGACAAUUUUUGAGGACUUAUUGAGACAGAACCCAACAUCAACACCGACAUUGAUUGGAGUAGGCCUCAUCUAUGAGGAAGACGAAGACUUUCCUUCUGCGAUCGAUUUCUUCGAGCGUGCGCUCCAGAGAGACCCAACUAAUAUUAGAAUCCGAGCAGAGGCAGCAUGGGUGAAAGCCUUGAAUGGAGAUUACGAAACUGGACGCGAUGGGCUGGAGUCUGGUGUGGAAAAAAUGGAUGGUUCGGAUUUACGAAGCCGCGAAUUACGCGCAGAGACCCAAUACCGCAUUGGAAUAUGCAUAUGGAAUUUGGACACAUCCAAGGCAGCGCGGAAGGAUAGGUCUGGGGCAUAUUCGUAUUUUCUGGCUGCUCUUAAAUCGAACAUGAACUUCGCGCCAGCAUAUACGAGCCUUGGAAUAUUUUUUGCCGACUACGCAAAGGAUAAGAAGCGAGCACGGAAGUGUUUCCAGAAAGCCUUCGAAUUAUCAUCUGCCGAAGUGGUUGCCGCUGAACGCCUGGCUAAAGCUUUUGCAGAGCAAGGUGACUGGGAGCUUGUCGAAGUAGUAUCACAAAGAGUCGUCGAUUCAGGAAAAGUAAAGCCAGCUCCUGGAUCCAAGAAGCCUGGAAUCAGUUGGCCAUUUGCUGCACUGGGUGUUGCGGAACUCAAUAAGCAAGACUACGCUAGAAGUGUUGCGUCGUUCCAAGCGGCGCUACGGAUCUCACCUAAGGAUUACCACUCCUGGGUUGGCCUGGGAGAGAGCUAUCACAACUCGGGACGAUACAUCGCAGCAACAAAGGCGUUUACUCAUGCUGAAACCUUUGAACAGGAAGUCGAGCAGCAAAAUACUGGCGACACCUGGUUUGCUAAGUACAUGCUGGCAAAUGUUAAAAGGGAGCUGGGUUCUUACGAUGAUGCUAUACAGCGGUAUACAGAAGUUCUUGAUCUGAAACCAGAAGAAUUAGGAAUCGAAAUGGCUUUGAUCCAAACCUACGUGGAAAAUGCUUGGGAUUGUAUCGACAAGGGAUUGUUUGGGAGAUCCGCUAAGCUGGCCACAGACGCAAUUAAUUUGGCACAAGCGCUCAUUAGUCGGGGGUAUGAUGCUUUCAAUAUUUGGAAGUCCCUUGGUGAUGCCUGUUCUAUAUUUUCCUGGGUACAAGGCCGUCUACCGGACUUUCCUCACCUUGUGAUCAAAGAAAUCUUCCAGGCCGAAGACGCCGGGGAGAGCUCUACGUUGUUUGAAGACAUCGACGGUGUGGGAAAGGAUGUCGUCUUGGCCGAUGGCUUGUUCCCUGAUGACGAGCAGGCAGCAGUUAACCUUACACAGUGCCUGCAAGGCGCUUUGCUUUGCCAUAAGCGAGCUAUACAAGCUUCCGCAAGCGAAGUUCAUGCCCAGGCUGUUGCAUAUUACAACCUGGGCUGGUCGGAAUACCGAGCACACGUUUGUCUUCGUCCGAAAGCUAAGAAAUCUACGAGGUACCUGAAAGCGGCAAUCAGAUGCUUCAAACGAGCCAUCGAACUUGAGGCUAGCAACGCAGAUUUCUGGAACUCUUUGGGCGUUGUCACAAGUGAGCUAUCGCCUAGGGUCGCUCAGCAUUCCUUUGUGAGGAGCUUGUUCUUGAAUGAGAGAAGCGCCCAAGCCUGGACAAACCUAGGCACCUUGGCCUUGCUGCAGAAUGACCACCAAGUUGCAAAUGAGGCCUUCACUAGAGCGCAAUCAACAGACCCUGAGUUCGGCCACGCAUGGGUUGGACAAGGGCUCGUUGCUCUCCUAUUUGGUGACCCCAAGGAGGCACGCCUUCUGUUCACCCAUGCGAUAGAAAUAUCCGAUUCAUCGUCUACUCUUACCAACCGCCAAUAUGCCCUCUCAACCUUUGACAGUCUCCUAGGCGCUUCUGCUCAAGCCAGUAUCGAAGACCUUGUCCAGCCGAUCUUCGCUCUAGCCCAGCUCCAGAGCCUCUCUCCAACUGAAAUCCCCUACCAACAUCUCGCAAGCUUGUUUCUCGAGCGAGUCAAAAAUACCAUGGCAGCUCUUUCCAACCUGGAAACUAUUUCAACUAAUAUCGAAGCUGAUUACGAAGUGACUGAGUCCCCAGCGUCUCUCACCCGCUUUGCACUUGCUCGAGCAGACCUUGCCCGCGCACAGCUCACAGCGGGUGACUACACGUCGGCGAUCGACAGCGGCGAGACAUCCCUCCAGCUCAGCGAAGAAGACGCCGGAAACGAGCUCACACCUGAUCAGCGCCAAAAGUGUAGACUUUCGGCCCAUCUCACAGUCGGGCUUGCGUACUAUCAUACCGACAAUCCGACUGAGGCAGUCUCCUAUAUCGAGGCAGCUCUGGCCGAAGCAGCAGGGAAUCCAGACACUAUAUGUCUUCUGGCCCAAGUACUAUGGGCGACUGGCUCCAAAGUCUCCUGCGACAAGGCAACGGAUAGCCUCUUCGACUCCAUCGAUGCCAACCCAGGCCACGUGCAGAGCUUGCUGCUUCUCGGCACCAUCUCUCUAUUAAACGAGGACACCGGGUCUGUCGCCGCCGUAAUCGAGGACCUCCACACUCUACGCACAAGCUCCAACAUCACGGAUGAACAGCAAGGAGCCGUAGGGGAACUUUUGCGGGCUUCCGCUGCUCUGGAAGAGGAGAAUGCAGAGGCUGCGGUGUUGAGAGAGGUUCAGACGGACGUGUUUCUGUUCCCGAACCAGCCCCCCGGAUGGACCAGAAUGGCUGAUUUUAGUGGAGAUCCGUACGCGAGCGAGAUGGCUCUGCGGACUGCUGUUAAGUCCGCGCCGCCGCAUGGUCUUGUGGAGACAACGGAACUGGGAAGAGCGUUUGCGGGUACAGGGAAGGUAGGGGAUGCGCAGCGUGGGGUUAUGUUUGCUCCGUGGAGGAGAGAAGGGUGGGAUACACUGGCUGCCUUGGUAGAGCCAUGAUUGGGUAUCAAGAUAGACUAGACACUAUAACGAGAUUUAUGUAUGGUCAUGAAAAUAGAAAUUGAGACGAAUGGUAG